AAGCAGUUAUUCAUCGUCGUCUCGUCUCGGACUCUCGCCUCUCGGUCUCUUCUCCCAAAUCGGGCCAGCCACCCAGCCAGCGGCCACCGCUCUUCGACCCCUCCACUUCACCGCCGCCGCCGACGCCGCCUAGAUCCGUCUCCGCCUCCGGGAAGACCUACUCGCGCUCCCCUAGUCCCCGGGGACCGGCGCGGAGCCGGCGGAGUUAGCGGCGGUAGGGUUGCGGCUGGGAAUUGCUUGCGGGGACGCAGCGGUGGCGCCUGGCAUGGCGGGGGCGCCCGGGGUGGGGCCGGGCGCGGGUGCCGGUGCGGGUGCGGGAGGGGGUGGCGGCGCCGCGGCGGGGCUCAAGACCUACUUCAAGACGCCCGAGGGGAGGUACAAGCUGCAGUACGAGAAGACGCACUCCGCGGUGCUGCACUACAGCCACGGCGGCAAGACCGUAUCCCAGUUGACAGUGGCAUACCUCAAGGAGAAGCCUGCUAGCCAGGGCUCCCAGCCAUCAACGCCAAGCUCCAGCAGUGGGAUGCGGUCUGCGGCAGCAAGGCUGCUGGGCAGUGGGAAUGGGAGCAAGGCGCUUAGCUUUGGCGGCAGCAAUGGCGCUGGCCGGGCUGUUGCUGGAAGCAGCCGUAUAGGAGGAGGAGGAGGCCUUGGUACAUCUACAGGCCUUGGUGGAUCACAAGGUGCCACAAAUUAUGAUGGCAAGGGUACAUAUAUUGUAUUCAAUGCUGCUGAUACGCUAUUCAUCAGCGAUCUCAAUUCUCAGGAGAAGGAUCCACUAAAGUCCAUCCAUUUCAGCAACUCAAACCCACUGUGCCAUGCAUUCGACCCAGAGGCCAAAGAGGGGCAUGACCUGAUCAUUGGGAUGGGAUCAGGGGAUGUCUAUUCAAUGUCGCUGAGGCAACAGUUACAAGAUCCUGGAAGAAAACCAGUGGCAGCUCUACAUUACAAUAAGGGUGAUAAAGAUGUCUCGCCCAAUGGAAGUCGGUGCACUUCUGUCGCAUGGGUGCCAGAGCGUGAAGGCAUUUUCGUCAUUAGCCAUUCUGAUGGAAAUUUGUACGUGUAUGAUAAAAACAAGGAUGGGAACACAGACUGUACGUUUCCAGCUGUGAAGGAUCAAUCCCAGUUUAUGGUUGCACAUGCAAAGUCGAGUAAGAGCAACCCAGUUGCUAGAUGGCAUAUAUGUCAAGGUUCGAUCAAUGCGAUUUCCUUUUCACCAGAUGGCGCAUACUUGGCGACUGUUGGGAGAGAUGGUUAUUUGAGAGUUUUUGAUUUUUCAAAGGAACAACUAAUAUUUGGUGGAAGAAGUUAUUAUGGUGCACUGUUGUGUUGCACUUGGAGCUCGGAUGGAAAAUAUCUAUUAACAGGUGGUGAAGAUGAUCUUGUGCAGGUAUGGGGCAUGGAUGAUAGAAAGAUAGUUGCUUGGGGUGAAGGACAUAAUUCAUGGGUUAGUGGAGUUGCUUUUGAUUCAUAUUGGUCCCCACCAAGUUCUGAUGGAAAUGGAGAAAAUGUCUAUCGUUUUGGUUCUGUUGGUCAGGACACCCAACUACUUCUGUGGGACCUGGCACUGGACGAGAUUGUUGUCCCACUACGGCAUCCUUCAAGUGCCUCACCGACAUUUAGCAGUGGGAGCCCUUCCGCGCACUGGGACAAUGCAUGCCCUCCGACAGGUGUUCUGCAACCUUCUCCUAGAAUGCGAGACGUCCCCAAACUCUCGCCCCUUGUUGCCCACCGAGUACAUGCUGAUCCCCUAUCUGGCGUGGUGUUCACCAAUGAAUCAAUCCUCACCAUCUGCCGUGAGGGCCUCGUCAAAAUCUGGGUUCGACCAGACCAGAGUGAAAACAAUCAACAAUCAAAUCCUUCAGAGUUUGUUUUAGGCCCUGUCUCAAAGGAUAGGGCGAUCACAUCUUCGAAUAAAGCAAGUAGCUCCAGCUUCAAGAAGCCAUCGUCUGUUCUUGUUGCAUGACGAAUCAACAGGAUGAUUCUUGUGGGUAUUUCUGCUUAACGUGGCAUCAGUGGACAUGGAUCUUACUUAUUCCAUGAUUGAUGGCACGUGAAACUUCAAGGGGAGGCUGCAAGUAUUGAAGGUGAGCAUUUGUUUGUAGAUGUUCCCAGGAAGCAGGGCCAGUGUUGCCGGUUUUGUGGCAUGGAAGAAUAAUGGGAUAUGCUCUUGUACAGACACAUAAAAUUGUAUAAAUUCACUGUGGCCGUUCCAUAGUCAUACCCACCAAAAGAUGAUUGGACGCGACCAUGUAUCCAUUUUAGCUGGUAGAUAUGGUAUCCUUAAGCUUUGUUACUUCUAGGAGGCUUGUAAUUAUGAUUUAUGAAUCAUGAUAUUUAAGGGAUGCUCCAGUCUUGCCUGUAAGUUUUGUUACUAUUUCCUUCUGCAUUUUGUCAAUUAUUAUAGUGGAAAACCAUCACCCCUUGUAUAUUGUUUUUAUU